AUGGCGGCCCCCAACAUCGACAUUAUAGCGGCGUCGCUCAGGAGCUGCUCCCUCGCUAGGGGGGCGGUUUCCUCGCCGGAGCCGCCUCCGUUCCGCCCAAUCGGGGUGGAUCUGCCGAGCGAGGGAUCCACCGGCGGCGCAGUCGUCGAAGCCGCAGACACCACCCUGGAAUUAAAUUCCGAGGUCGCCCUUCCCUAUCACUGGGAGCAGUGUCUCGACUUGAAGGUUCGACCAUCUCGCUCUUCUUUAAUGCUUCUCUCACCUCUCAAUCAUGUCAUCAAGAAAGCUCGAAUGUAGGACCAACAGGAAUCCCUCCGACACAAGACCCUCCUCCCGGAUUUAAUGCCCUCUUGUCCUCCGCCUACCUAGAGGGGAGGAGGGGAUCUUCACGUCGCAAUCGCCUUCCCCUUCUGCCCUGUUUUCCUUUAGAUCUCUCUUCUAUCCUUCUCCUGUCCUGCUGUCUAUGGAAGCCCGUGGUGACCUGACGGAGUCGCCGCUUGGUUUCUUCUUCUCGUCCUCCCCACUUGGAUCUGUGUCGGCGGCGGCUUCUCAGCUCUUUCUGUGUUUUUUUCUCUUCUGGGUUCGGAAACCGGUGAGAAGCUCGAGGACAUGAGGUUUUGGGGGGUUUUCUGCCGUCCCCCCUCCGUUUCCAUCUUCUCUGUCAAUCGCCGGCCGGUGAAAUUCUCGCGUCUCAUCCUGCACCACUCCGGGUUGAUUUCUGACAGCUCCAUUGUCUCGUACAGACAGGGAAGAUCUACUACAUAAACUGGAGCACAGGGGCGAAAUCCAUGGAGGAUCCGCGGAAGUUCGCCGGAUUCCGCGACAGGUACUACUCCGACGAGGAUGAGGAGGAGGAGGACGGCGACGAUGCUGAUGACGAGAACGACGGCGUGGAGGACGACGACGACGGCGGGGACAGCUCGGAGGACUCCGCGACCACCGACAGCGACGACAACGGCAACUGCUCCUCCGCCUUCUCGUCCUCCUCCUCGGCCUCCUCGCGGGACACCAUCGAGCGAGGCUGCGGCGCCGGCGGCUGGCGCGGCGGCGUCGCCGCCGGAGGGUCGGUGCUCGUCGCAGCGGGGUGCCGCGUCUGCAUGAUGUAUGUGAUGAUACCGAAGCGGGAGGAGGAGUGCCCCCGUUGCGGUGGCCACGUCCUGCACUUCAGCCGGAGCGGCGACAGGUGA